UAAAUCCUCUCAGGUGUAGUCGCAGGGCGCAGGCGCCUCCCCGAGCAGCUCUGACCGCACUGUCAGAAGAACAGGAAGACUGCUCUAGAGCUAAAGCCGUAAUCGCUUCCCCGCUGUCAUUUAGGGGUUAAAAAGUUAACUAAACUUGUAGCAGUCAUGGAAACUAAUUUAGGAGACGCGCUCGGGCCAAGUCAUCCGUAACACCAACCCGUCGCCCGUGUUGUGGUCGCCGAAACAACUCGUGAAAGUGGGAAGAGUUUGUUUUCCUUUUUUUUUUUCUUCCUACGGAGACUUUACCCUAACUGUAGCCAAGCGAGCUAGGCUAGCUAAAGCUAACGUUAGCACAGUUAGUUAACCUCAUACUUUGGAGACUUGAAGUUCACAUUGUUAAAGCUUCGGUGUGUGUUACACGUUGAGACUGUUAGAAUAAAGUACUCGUUUGUGUUUUAUAAAAGCAACAGGCUGUCCUCGUACUUUUCGUCCCGAGGACUUGGGGCUGUGCUUUGAAUUUCCCUCCUUCAGUGAGACAUACAGGCGGCUUAGCGAGGGGUUUGUUCGGUAUAGUUGGCUUUCUACCAAAUCACUAGCAACACUGCUAAUUGUGGCUAGUUAGCCAGUAGACUAGCUUAGGCCCAAUUGAAUUAACGUUUGGCUUUUUCUCAAGUUAAGAAACAUCGUCGGAGGAAACAUUUGCUUUGGGUUUUUUUUUACGUUUUGGUGCGGGGGAUAUUACCGCCACAAAGGUUUAUUCUGACACACAAUUCAAGGAAACGGAUUAAAUUAUAAAUAUGGAUCCCCCCACGGGGAAUUCUGCCGCUGCUGCUGGUCCCAAGAAGGACAAGAAAUCAAAGAAGAACUAUGAGGAUGGAGACGGGAAAAAGAAAUUUAAACUCAAACGGCUGAUUCCUGACGAGUUGGAGCGUUUCACCAGCAUGAGGAUGAAAAAGGACAAGGAGAAGCCUGGCCAUGCGCCCGGCCAGCGACACUCGUCAGCUGCAAACUAUGAGAUAAAUCCUCAAAGUGCUAUGCUGCACGAUCAUUCUGAUGAAUACGUCCUGGAACUCUUCGAACAGAUGCUGGUGGAUAUGAACCUGAAUGAGGAGAAGCAGCAGCCUCUAAGGGAAAAAGACAUUAUGAUCAAGCGAGAGAUGGUCUCCCAGUACCUCCACACAUCUAAAGCUGGCCAAAACCAGAAGGAGAGCUCCAAAUCUGCUAUGAUGUACAUCCAGGAGUUAAAGGCAGACUACCGAGACACACCACUGCUCAGCUGUCUGGAAUCUCUGAGAGUCUCACUCAAUAACAACCCUGUCAGUUGGGUGCAGAACUUUGGAGAUGAGGGGCUGGCACUGCUGCUGAAUCUGCUGAGAAGACUACAGGAGGACAAAGACGAGUACCCAAUGAUGGGAGUGAAAUGUCAACACGAGAUCAUUCGUUGUCUAAAAGCCUUUAUGAACAACAAGUAUGGUCUGAAAUCCAUGCUGGAGUCAGAUGAGGGAAUUCCUCUGCUGGUCAGAGCCAUCAACCCCAGGGUACCUCAUAUGAUGGUGGAUGCUGUCAAGCUGCUCUCUGCCAUCUCAAUUUUGGAACAUCCUGAGAACCUUCAUGAGCGUGUUUUGGAGUCCAUUACCGAGGAGGCAGAGAAACGGGACAUUGAGAGGUUUCAGCCUCUCCUUACUGGCAUGAACAAUCACAACAUUGCUCUUAAGGGUGGCUGCAUGCAGCUGAUCAACGCCUUGAUCAGCCGGGCAGAAGAGUUGGACUUCAGGAUCCAUAUUCGCUCUGAGCUACUAAGACUGGGACUCAGAGAACAGCUGACGGAGGUGCGGAUGAUAGAAAAUGAAGAGCUGAGGGUGCAACUCACGGUGUUUGAUGAGCAGGCUGAAGACGACUCUGAGGACCUCAAAGCACGUCUUGAUGACAUCCGCAUUGAGAUGGAUGAUGUGAGGGAAGUGUUUGAGAUCCUUGUGAACACUGUGAAGGACUCCAAGGCCGACGGCCACUUCCUGUCUCUGAUGCAACAUCUGCUGCUGAUCCGUAAUGAUUAUUGGGCCAGGCCUCAGUACUACAAGUUUGUGGACGAGUGUAUCGCUCAGAUUGUGCUGCACAGGAAUGGAGCAGACCCUGACUUUAAGUGCCGUAACCUCAGCCUCAACAUUGAAGGCUUGAUAGGUGAGUUGUUUGACCAGAACACACAACCAAGUCCUUCCUUUUCUGGUGGUGCCCACUUGAUUGAAAAGCUGUCUAAAGAUCUGGAAGAGGCGAAGACUAAAGUUGUCACAGUUACUGUUCCUGUGCCAACACCCGGUUUGCCUCCUCCACCACCUCCCCCUCCUCUCCCUGGCCAGAAUGCAGGUAUGCCCCCUCCACCUCCACCUCCACCCCCACCCCUGCCAGGCCAUGCAAACAUGCCUGUUCCCCCACCGCCCCCUCCUUUACCGGGUCAUGCCGGUAUUCCUCCUCCUCCACCUCCACCUCCUUUACCUGGCAUGCCAGGACCUCCACCACCUCCACCCCUCCCCGGCAUGCCAGGACCACCACCCCCUCCACCCUUACCUGGAAUGGGACCUCCACCACCUCCGCCACCGCCUGGGUUUCCUGGUAUGCCUCCUCCUCCGCCUGGGUGUCCUGGUAUGCCUCCUCCACCGCCAGGCAUGGGGGGCUGGGGUGCCCCCGCACCCGCUGCUCUGCCUUAUGGGCUCCAGCAUAAGAAGGAGUACAAGCCUGAAGUCCAGCUGAAGAGAGCCAACUGGAGGAAGAUUGGACCAGAGGACCUCUCUGAGAACAGUUUCUGGACCAAGGCAAAAGAGGAGAAAUUUGAAAACAAUGAGCUUUUUGCCAAACUCACCUUGGCCUUCUCCUCGCAGACAAAGACCACUAAAGCCAAAAAAGAGCAGGAUGGAGGAGACGACAAGAAGCAGCUGCAGAAAAAGAAGGUGAAGGAGCUGAAGAUUCUUGAUGGAAAGUCUGCACAAAACCUUUCCAUUUUCCUGGGAUCGUUCCGUCUCCCAUAUGAAGAGAUCAAAAGCGCCAUCCUGGAGGUUAAUGAGAAGAUCCUCACAGAUGCCAUGGUUCAGAACCUGAUCAAACAACUGCCAGCACCAGAGCAACUGAGUGUCCUGGGAGAGAUGAAGGAUGAAUAUGAUGACCUGGCUGAGUGCGAGCAGUUUGGAGUAGUGAUGUCCAGUGUGAAGCGGCUGAUGCCACGGCUUCAGGCCAUCGUGUUCAAGCUGCAGUUUGAGGAGCAGCUUAAUAACAUCAAGCCAGAUGUGGUGUCUGUGACGGCAGCCUGCGAGGAGCUCAGGAAAAGCGAGUCCUUCUCCAAGCUGCUAGAGAUCAUUCUCCUUGUCGGGAACUAUAUGAAUGCUGGCUCCCGCAAUGGAAAGGCAUUUGGCUUCUCCAUAUCAUACCUGUGCAAGCUGCGUGACACCAAAUCAGCUGAUCUGAAGCAGACACUGCUCCAUUUCCUGGCUGAUGUGUGCCAGGAGCAGUAUCCUGAGGUCAUGACCUUUGCAGACGAACUUAUCCAUGUGGAAAAAGCCAGCAGAGUUUCUGCAGAGACUCUUCAGAAGAACCUUGAGCUCAUGGGCCGUCAAAUCAAGAACAUGGAAAAAGAUCUGGAGACCUUCCCUCCUCCACAAAAUGACAAGGACCUGUUUGUGGAAAAGAUGUCCAGUUUCGUGGGUAGUGCCCAUGAGCAAUAUGAGAAGCUGGAUCUGUUGCAUAAGAAUAUGGAGAAGCAAUAUAGCGACCUGGGAGAAUACUUUGUCUUUGACCCAAGAAAAAUCUCUGUAGAGGAAUUCUUUGGUGACCUCAACACCUUUAAAAACAUGUUCCAGCAAGCAGUAAAGGAGAAUCAGAAGAGGAAGGAGGCUGAAGAAAAGAUCAAGAGGGCCAAGUUGGCCAGGGAAAAGGCAGAGAAAGAGAAGGAGGAGAAACUGAAGAAGAACCAGCUCCUUGACAUCAACGCAGAGGGUGAUGAAACUGGUAUCAUGGAUGGCCUGUUGGAGGCGCUGCAGUCCGGCGCUGCUUUCAGGAGAAAGCGAGGACCACGGCAAGCAGCCAACCACCGACGAGCUGGUCAUGCAGUGACCAACAUCCUGGCCAAAGAACUGAUGCAGGAAGACACGCCUUCAUCCAGCAAAUUGCCCGCAAAGAAGAAAAAGACAGAGGAGACGGAGGAGCCUAAAGCAGAAGGAGCAGAGUCAUUAGAGGAGUUACUGGAUGCUGCUCCCUCUCGGUCCAAUUAGGCACCCUAGGGAGUUUUUUUUUACUCACAGAGUCAAUGAUAUCCAAACACAGAUGUAUUUCAUAGCCAUUCCAGAGGUCAUUAUCCAUCAGAUAUUAGAUCACUGAAAAAAGGGCCUGCGUUUCUCUGACCUUUGUCUUAACAGGAACAUCUUUUAGGGUUAGCAUUGACUGUGUCUUCUGGGAGGGCAGGGAGAGGCAGAGGAUGAGGGCUGGGCUCUCACUUCAGCCACCACCCCUGGAUGUCCCUCAUCAACCUUUGGAUCUUUGCCAAUGUCAUAAAGAUAUAAUUGCUUUCCUCAGCAUGUGCACAUAUCUGUUUAUGUAUUCUUGUCUGUUUCUCUGUGUUUCUACAUCACUUUAUUUUCACCUGUCAUUCAUCAAAGGGCAUCUUGAGCGAUUCCAAAGACUUACUCAGGAGGGAUCCACACUGAUUUUUUGUGGUUGUUUCCAGAUCACAAAUUUAGACUUGGGUGUCUGGAAUUUGGCACGUCCUGCAGGUGCUUCAUAGAGUUUUCUUUGGAUACUCGAGGCCAAGACCACUUGCGCUUUUUCACAUUGUGUUUUUUUUUUUAACCUAUGAAACAUAUUAAUUUGUAAUUGUCUGAUAUACUGUAUGUUGUUGUAUGCUGUUUGUACAUGUUAAUCAUUUCGCUGUGUUAUUGAAAAAAAGUGCCAACCCAUAGAAAUCCAGUCGUUUUCAUUUCACCCCCAGGUUUGUCCAGUCACAGUUUGCACUGGGCUGGUGUUUGGACCAGUCAUCACUUGGGUGUACGUUUCAGUGUGUGUUUUGUUUAUUUUACUGAGAAGGGAUUUAGUUCACUCGUGUGCAUGCGUUUGAUAGAUUGGGGAAAAUUGGGGAUCAUUCACAUAAACUUGUUCACCACACGUGCCCACAACAGUUAUAUGAAGAAAACCUGCUUACUUACAUGAACAUUCCCAUAAUCCUCAGAGGGAAAUAGGGUUAGAUUGGAGGAGAAAGUUCUUCCACAGUCAGUUAAACCAAAAAUAAAUUGCUCUUAAAAAGGGUGUUUUCAUACAAAACCUAGCCUGAGCAGUUUACAUGCCCGUGUGUUUAUGUGUAUGAGAAUGUCUGCGUGUGUGAAGUAAGCCGCCUAUAUUUAGUCCUGUGUGCAUAUUCAACUUCCUCUAUGUGUGUAUGUGUGUGUUUGUGCAUGUAGGUUUGAGUGCAUGCAUGUGUGUUGCCAUCUGUAAUUACUGUACGGUACCGACCAUGCUGUCAUAAAUGCUAGGGUUCAUAAACAGCUUUGUGGUCUUUCUGCUGAGGAUAUAGCACACUGGAAAACUGCCCGAAAACUGCUGAGACAAGUACGUGUGUUCAGUUGUCUGUGUGUUUGUGUUGCUCACCCACUUUCCCUCCCACUAAACUGCAACAGUAGUUGCAGAAUGUCUGGCCUUGCUCUCAUUUGUAUUCAGUAGCCAUCAGCAUACAUGUUGCCAUGAUGUUGUGCUGUAAUAUCUGACAGGAAUCUUGCGAGUUGAUGUCAGGUGCUCCAUGCAAUAUUUAUUCCUAUGCAAACACAAUACUGUAUCUAGACUCGGGAUGUAAAAGAGUCGACUCCAGCGGUUCCGCUGACUCAAGAUCAGUGCUUCAUAUUGCUGGUGAUUUAGCUCCAAAAGUUCAGUUCUUCAGGAAUACAUUUUCUUUUCUUUUUCUCAACAACAGCAUUAAUUUGACAUCUUCCAAAAAAAGUUAAUGUUUUUGGGAGGAACACGGAGGAACUGGCACUUAAAAUAAAGGCUCUUCAAGUACAGUAGGUGUAGAAAUCCUUGUUCUGAUCGAGUGCUGGUGCUUCAUUUUUAUCCACUAACACUGAGUAUAAUUUGGUGUAAAGACUGCCCCGCCUGCUCUUCACACAGAAAUAUGUCAUAGCUGCAUUUAAACCAGAGACACGACUGCUGUUUAAUGUCUGCUAUAUUGUGCCCAUCUCUUCAUGUGGACAGUGCCAGGUCAUUAUAUGCGUCAGAUACUGAAAAGUUACUGUUCUCAGCAUAGGAGAGAGAGAUUUUAAAAAAUGAAAAACAUGUCAGAACAUCACUGGAAUAUUUGUUGUUUUCUAAUUUGAGUCAUUCCUUUUUGUUUAUUUUUAAAGAAAUUGUUUUCUAUGUGAAAUUUUUACUGUUGAUUAUUUUAAUGUAUUUGAAUGGACACAAGAUUUUUUUUUUCCAGUGAUUGCUCUAUGUAUACAGAAUAAUGCACAUAGUCAUUCUGUCUGCUACACAGAACUAUUAAAACUGUCUUAAGUGAUUUAAUGA